GUACCUGAAAGGUAACCCUAAAUUGCUCAAGCCAAGUCACCAUGUGUGCGUCCCAGAUAACCGCAACACUGUUCCUGGGUGGAGCAGAUGCUGCAAUGAACCCAGCGCUGGUCUCUCGUCGGAACAUCACGCUCAUUGUGAAUGCCACGCUGGAGUAUCCCUGCCCUGUGUACCAUGGUGUGGAAUGUAUCCAUGUGCCCGUUUCGGAUGUGCCUCACGCCCGACUUUGUGACCAUUUUGAGGAUGUGGCACAGCAUAUUCAUGAGAACAUGACAGGAAGUACUCUGGUCCACUGUGCUGCUGGCAUAAGCCGUUCCCCUGCCUUGGUCAUAGCUUAUCUUAUGAGGUACAAAAAGUUGACUCUGCACCAGGCCCACGAAUGGGUCGUCAGCUGUCGCCCUUUUGUCCGCCCUAAUGUUGGCUUCUGGCGCCAGCUUCUGCACUAUGAAAAGGUCCUUUGUGGCAAUAACACAGUAAAGAUGGCUGCUACUUCACUUGGGGUGCUGCCGAAAGUCAAAGAUUCACAAGAUAGUUAUAAUUCUUGUUUGAACUUUUAAAGAGGUUGCUGUUACUACAUCCGAAACAACUUUUAUUUUUAACCCAUUUGUAAAGCUGAACAUUAAUUUAAAAUGGUUACAUUUUAGGUGGCACCUUGCCUGCUUGCAGCUGCACCCUUAACUUUACAAAAAGUUGUCUUGUACUGAAUUUUGGAAUUACAUUAUUGAACUACUUGUAUGGUGUAAUACCACACAUUCUUACCCCAGUGGAGUUUCACUUUUUUUUUUUUUUUUUUCCCUUCUUCCUUUGCCUUUUGCUAAUCACUUGACUGCCCUAAUCAGUAGCUUUGCCAUGUGACCUUGCAGUUGUCAUGUUUUGUAGGGUAUCCCCACCACCUAAUUUGACAGGUACAUCAGCAGAGGUAUUUAGUCAAAUGUUUACUUCAGAUAAGUGCCCUGCUGAUUUGCAAACAGGCCACCAUUACAGAUAGAAUAUACUUUAUUGUCC